AUUCGCCUUCAUCUAACCCGCGGUUCUUAGGCAGAAUAUGAAUUUGAAUUAGAUUCGGCGCUCGGCGAUGAGCCUGAGUGUUCAACGGCCUCGCUCACGGCCAGCGUUAUGGAGUAUCGCGUGUUGCACGGGCGAACAUAUCAUAGCGCGAAGGGCAACACCGAUUACUGGGAACCCAACGAUGAGAAACAAGCAAAUUCUAUGGAUCUUCUCCACCAUACGCUCACGGUAUUAUUCGACGACAAACUAUUCAUGGCUCCUAUUAGUCCAGAACCCAAAAAGGUGCUGGACGUCGGAUGCGGAACAGGAACUUGGGCGAUAGACUUUGCAGAUGCGUACCCGAAAUGUGAGGUGAUAGGAACCGAUAUCUCGCCCAUGCAACCACACUGGGUUCCCGUAAAUCUACGCUUCGAGAUUGACAACUGUACGAUAUCUCCCUGGACAUUUGCACCCAAUAGCUUCGAUUUUAUUCAUGCGAGAUACUUAUUCGGCGCGAUUCGUGACUGGGAUGCACUAUACGCCGAAAUGUUCCGUGCAUGCAAGCCUGGCGGUUGGGCCGAAGCCGUAGAACCCUCGAUAUUUAUCUGCAGCGACGACGACUCCGUUUGCGAAGGCGAUGGAUCCGCCCUUUCGGCAUGGGCCCAUCUGUUUAGAGAAGCGAAUCAUAAAUACGGCGCGAAAAGCGGGCAAGGUCCUAGGCCUCUCGAUAUGCUCGAGCGAGAUACUAUCUUGAGCGGCUUUCGCCGUGCUGGUUUCGUCGAUAUCGUCCAACGCACCGUCAAGUGUCCGCUAGCGCCCUAUUCGAAAGACCCGCGGCAAAGGGAAGUAGGUCUUUAUGGCAGGGCAGCUAUGGAGGAGGGAAUGGAGGGCUUCGUGUUAUACCUCUACAUCAAGGGCUUGGGCUGGUCCCACGAGCAAGUAACCAUCUACUUAAGCCACUUACGUAGAGAACUCCGUGACCCACGGAAAACACCGUACAUCAAAAUACAAUGUGUAUUCGGGCGGAAACCUCUAAACGUCAAAAGUAGUGAUGUGAGGUGAUAAGGAUCAUCUUAAGGCUUUGGGCGGCAAAAAUUGAAGAUUUGGCGUUGCGCGUUCGGGAUUCGGCUCAGCUCUAUAUAUCUAAUACCUACCAACCCAAAGGGAGAGGAGAAGAGAGGUGUAUACUCCGUAUGGAAUCCAGCACAUACCUAGCGCUACAGUACUAUAAGUACCUAACGAGAAACCCCUAAUAUUUUUCGGCAUCUCACCAUCAUAUCAGCAUCUACUACUAUAUUAUCUAUGUCUUAUGGGACAUAAGGGUAUCUGUCUUGAACAGAUGAGAGGAGAAGAGCGGAAAGAGAGCGAGAGGGAUAAAAGUCUAGCAUAUCUACAUGCAUCUUCUUAAUACCAAAUCAUAGAAUCGUUAAAUCAACCUCAAGGUCACCAAGCAGUUAUCGUCCCGUGCGGAAUGAAUAAAAGUAGCCAUUCAAGUUAGUGGGAUAGACCAGCCUCAAUUUGCUUUCUACUCUGCAACACACAAGACAAGUCCGACAGCAUAGGCCACAACCACGGGCCAAUCAAUCGGAUAUAAGCGAGUUCUCAAUUCAAUAGCUGUUAC